UGGCGUUUUUAGGGAAUCGUAGUUAAAUUCUAUAGUUUGUUUACAAAUUUUCGUGGCUGUUCGUAUACAGAGAAACAUUAACGUUGGAACGGUAUUGUUUUAAAAAAAUGUAAACAAUGAUUUUGCGAAUACAAGCACGAUGAUUCGUUUAUUUAUAAAGUUUUGAUAAAUGGGUUCAAUGGUGUAACAAAAAUAUUUUUAAUUUCCGACUUAUAAUAAGUUUACGCAAUUCUGUACAAAAUUUGUUUUACAAUGGCUAAUUCGAACAACGAUAGAAUCGUCGUUUUGAUAGAUAUGGAUUGUUUUUUUUGCCAAGUUGAAACAAAACUUCGACCAGAGUAUGAAGGAAAACCACUUGCUGUUGUACAAUACAAUCAGUGGAAAUUAGGAGGAAUAAUUGCUGUUAAUUAUGAAGCAAGAGAAUAUGGCGUUACGAGACACAUGAGAGGGGAGGAAGCUAAAGAAAAGUGUCAAGAUCUGAUUUUAGCUAGCGUGCCAUGUUUGCGUGGGAAAGCAGAUACAUCGAGAUAUAGGAGUGCUGGUCGUGAAGUUAUCGAAGUUAUAAGAAAACAUUGUAACGUAGUUGAACGAGCUAGCGUGGACGAAGCAUAUAUGGAUCUGACCGACACCAUUAACAAAAGAAUGUUAACAAAUUCUACUAUUUCCACAGAGCAUUUAAUAACACAACUUUCAAACACAUUUGUAGUAGGAUACUCUGAAGUUGGAAAGAACAACGAAGAAGACAGAAGCAAGGGUACAAGAGCUUGGAUAUCUAAUAUUUUUGAAGAGCUCGAAGAUGUAAAAGCUCAAAAACUUGCAAUGGCUGGUGCGAUAGUCGAAGAAUUAAGAGAUGAUAUAUUUAAACAGACAGGAUUUAAAUGCUCCGCUGGUAUCGCGCAAAAUAAAAUAUUAGCUAAAUUAGCAUGUGGAUUACAUAAACCAAAUCGGCAAACAAUACUACCCGCGGAUGCAGUAUCGUCUCUUUAUUCAUCAUUGCCAGUUAAAAAAGUUAGGAAUCUCGGUGGUAAAUUUGGGGAUGUUGUUGUUGAAUCCCUUAAUUGUAACGUUAUGGGUGACUUAUUGCAGUAUUCGCUGCAAUAUUUACAAAAACGUUUUGAUGACAAAACAGGAUCAUGGUUAUAUAAUAUCGCUCGCGGUAUAGACAACGAGCCUGUUACUAUGCGACUUGUGUCAAAAUCAAUUGGAGCAUGUAAAAAAUUUCCAGGAAAGCAAGCUAUUACUUCGUUGGAUGUAUUAAAACAUUGGGCCGGAGAAUUAUCGGCAGAAGUUUGUGAACGCCUCGAACAAGAUCUAGAGGAAAAUGAACGACGUGCGACAUUACUUACGAUAUGUUAUCAUUAUUAUCAAAACAAAACUGUCGUGUCUCAGUCACGUUCGUGUACUUUAAAUUCAUAUAAACCAGAAAAAAUGGCAAAGCAGUGUGUAGAGAUUAUAUCCAGAUCGACACAGAAUCCAGUUGCGUACGUAGGACUAUCAGCUGGUAAAUUUAUACAAGCUAAAGGUAGCGAGAAUUUCAUAAACUUCUUUAAAGCAAGCAGUUCAGAACAUCGCCAGAAAAUAAGCGUUCAACCAGAAAAUACAGAUAUGGAAUGUAUAAAACUAACAAGUAAUACUGUUGAAACAAUAACGGAUACUUUGGAGAUUGGCAAAAAUAUUGGCACGAUUUCUAAUACGCAUGAAACAAAGAAUGUAUCAAACGGUAGAUUAAAAAGUGCUGGACAAAAUUCUAAAAGCAGUGCCGAAUUGAACGAAGAAAUUCCUAAUAUGGAAAUAGAUUGGUCACCUACUUCUAGAAGAUUAAAUACUUUAAUAACGUCUUUAAACGAACGGAAUAAGAAAAAAACCGUUUAUGAGAAGAAAAUCAAUAAUUCUAAUUUAAACAAGUCCUUACAUCAAAACCAGUUCGAGGGAUCAUUUUUUUUAAAUAUUUUUAAUCCAGAAGAAAAUAAGUUAAAAGGCGCGCGCCGAAAAGAAACUACUGUAUUAACUGAACUUAAUGAAAAUGUUGAUAUCGAGUACGAAAAGUUUAAUGAAAAUAUUACAGAAGAGGUUAAAAUUGAAAAUGAUUGCAAUAUACCGAAAGAAAAAAGUACCGAUUUUAAGGGGCAUGAAAAUAUCACAUCUAAUAAUAAAACUAACUCUGCUAAAUUAGACGUUGAUAAAGCACAGUGCAGUUAUAGAGAAUCUGUGCAAACAUCUUCAAAUGCAGCAAUAAAUGGAAACGAUAUAGAGAUUAAUUCGCAAAGUACUAUAAAAUUAGGAGAAAUAUUUCCUGAUUUAAAUAAUAUUGAUCCAAAUGUGGUUGCAUUGUUACCUUUGAACUUACAAAAAGAAGCAAAAUUAUACAUGAAAGCACAAAAUAGAGAGACUAAUGCAAGAGAAACUUCGACGAGAAAUUCAAAGGUAAAAGGUAAAUCUAAAACUAAUGUCACAAAGGGGAAGAAGAAGAGCAAUGGCAUUUAUAGUUUCCUAGUCAAAAGAGAUUUGCCUAAUGUUACUGAUGUACCACCCAUACGAUGUGUACAUUGCCGUGAAAUGAUAGCCGCUUCAAAAUACAACGAACAUUGUGAUUUUCAUGUGGCUGAAAAUCUGCAAAAGGAAUUAAACAAUUCAAUGUUACGCAUUGUAAAUAUUGAGAGGAAAGUAGAUACGUACGAAGUAAAUUCAAAUUCCAUGAAACGUCGUUCGAACGACGAUAUUUUAAAGCCUGAGAAAAGCUAUAAAUCUACAUCAUUUCUUUCAUAUUCAAGUUGAUAUAUUUUAAAUGUGGCAAAGUAUAAAUACGAAUUCUCAUAUCUGUUAUUUGAAACUGAAAUAGCUUUCAUGAAUUAUUAUUUAAAAUAUUUGAAACAUUUUAGAAUAGUGCGCGUAGUCAUGGUAUUAUUUACACUGUAAUGUAAAUAAGAAUUUUUCUAUGCGUUUAAAAUUAAUGUUCUACUUAAAAAGUACAAUAAUUGAUCUUUCUUUCCCCGUCGCUUUAAAUCGAUUCUGUUUUUAAGUCUA